AUGGACCAACAGAUACAAUUCCAGUACGCCAAUGAAUGUGAUCUUGAAAUACACUGCUCGCCGUUUGGGUUGAGUGGGCUCUACAUCAAAAUCAAGGGAACCAACAUAAUUGGGAUUGGCUCGACAAUGGGACUUAUCACUGGGUCGCUGAAAGGAUUAAUCCACUACAACGAUAGCCAAGAUUUAAUCGACCAAAAAUAUAAAUUAUACGUUGUUGUUGAUGAAGAAGGAACAUUGAGAAUCGACUUCACCAAGAUCUUCACUUUACCUUCCAGUGACCGGAAAAAUUUAAACGAUGAAAAUUCUAGUGAAACAGCGAAACACGACAUAGAUAAAUACGCUCAGCAUUCGAUCGACGAAGACGUUCCAACCUUGAUAUUUACUGGUAAAUGUCCUGAGGGAAGACCCGAUAAAGUAGAGCCAUUUAUUGGUAUCUUCUCUUUUGAAAGAGAAGAGUAA